AUUUCAUUUCCUCAUUCAUUCAACUAAAAGCAAGAAGAAUUACUUGAGUGUUUUCUCUUGUCACAUACAAGUCAUCUAAGAAGAAUUACAAGAUCAUCAUCACAAUAACAAGAUGAGUUCAGGAAUUAGAGCAUGGAGUGUGGCAGCAAGUGUUGGAAUUGUGGAGGCCUUGAAAGACCAAGGCAUAUGCAGGUGGAAUCAUGCCUUAAGAUCAGCUCAACACCAUCUCAAAAACCAUGUUGGCUCAUUCUCUCAGGCUAACAAGCUUUCUUCUUCUGCUAUGAUAUCCACAACACUAAAACAUGAGAAGGCAAAUCAAUCAGAAGAGUCUUUGAGAACUGUCAUGUACUUAAGCUGCUGGGGUCCCAACUAGAUACCAUAAGCCCAACAACAAAAUAUUCUUUUCUCUUUUCAAUUCUAGGAAUCAGGAAUCAAGCAAGCUUAACUGGUCUCAAAUGAUGAUGAGUAUUGAAAGAAUAUUGCUUGUCUUUAUGGCAGUCAUUAUGUAAAUUUUGAUAUUGAUAGUGUUGAGCUGUUGCCAAAUUUUAUUUGUAGUGUUCUUUAUGGUAAAGAUUGGCAAAUAACUCGUUUAUCAAUUGUGAUUAACUCGUGUACUUACAGAAGGCUCUUUUUCAUUCAUU